AUGGUGAAAUCGUACCUCAAGUACGAGCACGCCAAGUCGUUUGGUGUUGUUGCGACAAGCACCUCCAACGUCGUCUGGACCUCCAAGGACCGAACCGGAACCGGCGCUGGACAGGCCGUGGUAGCCGCGAAUGAAGAUGUACUGUGCUGGGACAUCAAGAAGGGCGAGCUCCUGGGCCGAUGGAGAGACGAGCGCUGCACUGUUUCCGUCACUGCCAUCUCGCAAAGCAAGGCCGACAAGGACAUUUUCGCCGUCGGCUACGAGGAUGGCAGCAUCCGGCUCUGGGACAGCAAAAUAUCUACCGUCAUAGUCAACUUUAACGGGCAUAAAUCCGCAAUCACAAAACUUGCCUUUGACAACUCCGGGGUCCGGCUAGCGAGUGGCUCGAAAGACACCGAUGUCAUUGUGUGGGAUCUUGUCGCGGAAGUCGGGCAGUACAAGUUGCGAGGCCACAAGGAUCAGGUGACGGGACUCCAUUUCAUUGAGCCUCAGUCGCAGAUAGAGGACGAGAGUGGUUCAACGGCAAUGGUUCUCGAUGGACGGGAUGCCUCGGAUGGCUUUCUUCUCACCACGGGCAAGGAUUCCCUGCUGAAACUUUGGGACCUGUCCUCAAGGCACUGCGUCGAAACACAUAUUUCCCAAACCAACGGCGAAUGCUGGGCCCUUGGAAUUUCUCCGGACCUCAGCGGUUGCGUCACUACUGGCAACGAUGGAGAAAUGAAGGUAUGGUCACUUGAUGCAGAUCGUCUAGCACGCAGUGCCCGACGAGUGGGAGGAGCUCCCAUGGGGCAGUACUUGUCAGACCGCGGCACUCUUCAUCGACAGAGCAAGGAUCGAGCCACCGAGAUCAUUUUUCACCCUCAACGAGACUACUUUGCCGUCCACGGAGCUGAGAAGGGAGUUGAUAUUUGGCGCAUACGAUCAGAAGCAGAAAUCAAAAAAAGCAUGGCCCGAAAGAGGCGAAGGCGGAGGGAAAAGAACAAGGACGGCAAACAGACGGACGAGGUUAUGCCAAAUGCCGAUGAAAAUGCGGAGGAUGCGUCCAAGGCUGAUGUCAGUGACGUUUUUGUUCAGUACCUCAUCGUGAGGACAGGCGGAAAGGUUCGUUCCGUUGAUUGGGCCCGAGUUGGAACCCAAAAGGACCUCCAACUAUUGGUAGGCACGACCAGCAAUCAGCUGGAGUACUACACCAUCCCGCCGAAAGCAAAGCACGAGCGGAAAUCAAAGGAUGAGGUUGCCGACUAUACACGAACACUAGCAGUGGAGCAGCCGGGUCACCGUGCCGAUAUUCGAUCCCUGGCACUCAGCUCCGACGACAAGAUGCUGGCAUCGGCAGCGAACGGCUCCAUGAAGAUUUGGAACAUCAAAACGCAGACAUGCAUUCGAACAUUUGAGUGCGGCUACUCUCUUUGCUGUGCAUUCCUGCCAGGUGACAAGGUGGUGGUGGUAGGAACGAAGAGCGGCGAGCUGCAACUCUUCGACGUUGCAUCCGCCUCUCUCCUGGACAGCGUGCAGGCACAUGAGGGCGCCAUUUGGGCUCUGAACGUUCAUCCCGGUGGCCGUUCCGUCGUGUCUGGCAGCGCCGACAAGACGGCCAAAUUUUGGGAUUUUAAGAUUGUUCAAGAAGAGGUCCUUGGUACAACACGAACCACGCCAAAGCUAAAACUUGUCCAAUCCAGGACUCUCAAAGUGUCUGAUGACGUCCUCAGUCUCAAAUUUUCGCCAGACUCGAGACUGCUGGCCGUUUCACUGCUGGACAAUACUGUCAAAGUCUUCUUUGUCGACUCCCUCAAGUUGUAUCUGAAUCUUUACGGGCACAAACUCCCUGUGCUGAGCAUGGACAUAUCCUGCGACAGCAAGCUGAUCGUGACGAGCUCGGCGGACAAGAACAUUAGGGUAUGGGGCCUUGAUUUCGGAGACUGCCACAAGGCGCUCUUUGGCCAUCAGGACAGCAUUUUGCAGGUGGUCUUUGUUCCGCACAACUCGGACGGCAAUGGGCAUCACUUCUUCAGCAGCAGCAAAGACAAGACGAUCCGGUACUGGGAUGGAGACAAGUUUGAGCAGAUCCAACGACUAGAUGGACAUCAUGGAGAGGUGUGGUCGAUCGCCAUUAGCCGAACUGGAAACUUCUUGGUCAGCGCUGGCCACGACAAAAGUAUCCGCAUCUGGAACGAAACGGACGAGCAGAUAUUCCUCGAGGAGGAGAGGGAGAAGGAAAUUGAGGAGUUGUAUGAGAGCACCCUGACGACGUCACUUGAGCGCGAGGCGGACGCCGAAGAUGAGAACGGCGAUGUUGCCGCUGCAAGCAAGCAGACAACGGAGACGCUCAUGGCCGGAGAAAGGAUACAGGAGGCGCUCGAGAUGGGAAUGGCCGAUCUGAAUCUGAUGAAGGAAUACGAAGAGGCCAAGCUGACCAAUGCCAACGCCCAGCCACCCCAACGGAACCCCGUGUUCCUGGCGCUGGGGAACAUUAGCGCCGAGGAGCACGUCAUGUCGGUGCUGCAGAAGAUUAAAGCGUCGGCGCUGCACGAUGCGCUGCUGGUGCUUCCCUUCGCCACCGUCCCAGUGCUCUUCACCUUUUUGAACAUCUUUGCCAUACGGUCGAUGAACAUGCCUCUAACUUGCCGCAUCCUCUUUUUCAUGAUCAAGACGCACCACAAGCAAAUCGUGGCCAGUCGGACGAUGAGAAGCAUGAUGGACGGCAUUAGGGCAAACCUGAGAGCGGCCCUCAAAAGGCAAAAGGAUGAAAUGGGCGUCAACAUUGCGGCGCUCAAGGUGGUGGGCAUGCAGAUUCGAGACAGCAGCGUCAAGGAGUACGUGGAUGAGACGUGGGUCGAGGACAUGACGGAUAGGAGCGUCAAGAAGCGGACAUUUAAGUUGGUCACCCUCCCACCAGCACCAGAAGUUGGUCACGUGACGGCGACAACAAUCGCCUCGCCAUCGAGGUUUUCAUUAUCCGAACCCAAUUUAACACCCUUUGCAUCGCCCAGCGCGUCAGCCGUUGCCCCCUUUGCCACCUUUUCGCUGGUCGCAGGCUGGCACCAGCCUACCUCGAUCGCACCAGACCCAACGUCACGGCUCGCCAUGCUCUUCUUCAGCUUCUUCAAAACCCUCAUCGACCAUGAGGUCACCGUCGAACUGAAAAACGACAUCCAGAUUAAGGGAACGCUCAAGAGCGUAGAUCAGUACCUCAACAUCAAGCUGGAUGACAUUUCCGUCGUCGACGAGCUCAAGUAUCCCCAUCUGUCUUCUGAGCAGAGCUCCGUUAAGAACGUCUUCAUUCGCGGGUCCGUAGUGCGGUACGUGCACCUGCCGGCUGCUUCUGUAGAUACACAGCUGCUGGAAGAUGCGACGCGAAGAGGCAAGUUUCCUGUCCCCCCUAUUACGAAUGGAAUCGAAUGCUGA